AUGCUGGAAACAUCAUUAUAUUCAACACUCUAUGAUCCCGUGAAUGGCUUUUCCGGAGAUGUUAAAAGUACCUCAGAGAAUUUUCCUAUUCCAUAUUAUACACUAUCUGGUGUCUCCUUUCCAGCACCUCAUGUUCCUGUGAAUGACUUUUCCAACAAUGCUACGCUUGGUGAUUAUUCUUGUAAAAGUAUUUCGGAGAAUUUGUCUACGUUAUCUAAUAUCACCGUCCCAACACUAUAUGAUCCCGUGAAUGACUUUUCCGACAAUGUUAUACUGGAUAAUUCUAGCAAAAGUAUCUCGCAAAAUUUUCCUCUUCCAUAUUCCACGUUAUCUGGUACCUCCUUUUCAACACCUCACGUUCCCGUGAAUGGCUUUUCUAACAAUGUAACACUUGAUGAUGAUUCCAGUAAAAGUACUUCGGAGAUUUUUCCUGGUGG